AUCCAACCUGUAAGCAGAUCCACGGUUGCCCCGACGAGAACUUUCUUGUUGUUUGGUCUCCCAAUUUCAUUCUCACAAACCUCAACCGCCUUGAAGCUUUCACUCAAGGGCACAUGCAAAGUAAAGCGCCCACUUUCAAUGCAUGCGCUAAGUGAAAGCAUAUCCCCUAACUUAAUUGUUUUCCACCUUCCAUCUUCGAUUUGUCUGUCGCGCACGCUGUUUCUUUGCUGAUUAGCAUUGAUUCGCUUGUUUAUCCGUGGUCGCACACCACAUCUUCGGGGGUAAACAAGGCUAUUACCCUCAACAAUGGAAGCCGGUAUGUUAUCCCAUCUCAUCAUGGAUACCCUCAAAUGCACCUGGCACAAUGCCUACUAAGACCCUGUAAUUCGCCAAUUGUGCUUUACGCCAUCGACGGUCACUUUAUUUUAUUUUUAUUUUGUUCGUUCUCAUCCUAAUCGCCACCGUAGAUCAAGGUUUGGAGGCCACCGCAAUGGCGCUCCAUCAACGUCGCAGGACUCAGUCUAGGGCUUCUACUACGUCUAUUCACAGCAUUUCCACCCAACCCAAUCUCGACUCGCAAUCUCACCUGGGUCCCCACCCUACUUAUUCCGAACAAUGGAUUGCGACCAACCCUGGCCAACCUGGCGAUGCCUCUGCAGUACAACAAAUGUCCACCGGAGACAUGAUGCUUAGACCUGCAUCUCAAAUGCAGGUACAGUCUUUCCAGAGCAAUCCGACCAUGCACUCGAAUGUCGGAUCUACCAUGGCUUAUCCCCAACAGCACAAUCUACAGAACGCUGUAGCUCCUGAGACGUUUGGCGCGAAUGCUAGCUUCACCGAUGGGGACAGCCAAAUGAUGGACCGCGAAGAAGGCGAGGAAGCCGAUGGUGCGGUUGUCCUGCAUGCUGGUAACGCUGGUACUAGAUCAGGCUCUAGCCGAACAAGUGCCAACAAUGAGCUUGAAAUGCGCCAGCUCUUUCAAGCCAACAAGCAUCGCACCCUCGGGGAGGUCGCUAUGGAACUACAUGGCAACGAGCGCGGCCCGAACUCUGAGCGUGCACGGCAGAUUUUUGCCAUGCUAUGGAUCAGUCAAGUCUGUACGAAGGGCAAAGGCUCUGUUCCUAGAGGUCGGGUGUAUGCCCAUUACGCUACUCGAUGUGGGACAGAGAGAAUAACAAUCUUGAAUCCUGCAAGCUUUGGCAAGUUGGUUCGUGUCCUGUUUCCCGGACUGAAGACACGCAGACUUGGGGUUCGAGGGGAAUCCAAGUAUCAUUAUGUCAAUUUCUCUCUAAUUGACAACCAAUCCGAGCUUGGAUCGCCUUCAGUUCGACCUCAAUUGAAUUUCCCCGAUCCCACCCCGUUCACGCAAACAUUCAAUACUGCUCAGUCCCAGUCACCGGCUCCGAACCCUGCGCAAUCGACGCUUCCGUCUCCAACAGCUGCCCAUCAUUCCGAUAGCCAGUGUCAGUCUAGUAGACUCACUUUGGCAGGAGUCUCUACAUCUCACAGUCUAUAUCACCAACCGGAUGUGACUCAGCUCGAUCAGCUACAAACAGCUAACUCUAAGACCAAGCUUCGCUUGGCGUUCAUCACCGCUGCUGAUGAGCCUUCUGUUGGAUCGAUCACGCUGCCUAAGAUCGACGACUUUUUGCCCCCGGGAACAGAUCCGGACGCGGCUCAGUCUCUGACGGCCUUAUACCGGUCGCACUGCACCUCCCUGAUUGAAUGUAUGCGUUAUUGCAAGGAUAAAACUUUCUUUCAUUUGUACACAUCAUUCCAGGGAACUCUUACAAUGCCUGUCCAGAAGCUAUUUUCUGACCCUAGCAUCGCACCGUGGAUCGAAGAGUGCGACUUUAUGCUAUACCAGCGCAUGAUGCAAAUCAUCUCUCUCCUCACGCUACAAGUGAUCCCAAAGCAGGUCCUAGAUGCUUUGAGGAGCAUCUCUGAGCGAUUGGUCAUGCAUAUUCGCAAUGCCUACCAAGGACAGCCCAACCAUGUGCUUCGAGCUAAGGAGGCCCCUGCCACCAUCUUUGCUGCUCUGAUUGAUCGAGUUCUGAGAGUUAAUCUCACUGCCCACGCCGCUGCAAGCAUGCUGGCGAAUUCUGAGAAUCGCGAUCUAAUGUACACUGACUGGAUUACGAUGGUCAGACUUCGCAAGGUGGCGGAAUGUGUACCGACACGAGCCAUGGAUGAUCUGGUGAAGUUAUUACUUGAAGAAAUUCGAGAUGUGAUCGAUCCCGUCAAUGUUCCGUGGGGAGUAGAGUGUCUCACUCUCUAUGGUGAUAGACUCAUCAAUAAGGGCCAGGUCCCACAGGCAUCAGAAAUGGCCAAAUCGAACGAUAAGGGCGUACUAGAUCGAUGGGCUAACUUUCUGCAUUCCCUCCCUAGCCGCUUUCCAUAUGCAACGGCGGCUGACAUUGUUUGGUGUGUUCAACGUGUCGGAACGGAAGUCAUGCGUGAUCUCACCAUGGCUCAAGGCAAUAGCUUCGGAGCAUGGUGGGUUACCAAGUGCUGGCUGGACGAGAUGAUCGCAUUCCUCGCAGAGUACGGUGGUUUUAUGACGUCGAAGAAUUCUGCAUCACCUGUAUGUGAUGCUCCGAAGCAAUCUGCGCACCAUAACGGUGCAAAUCAACGAGACUCGAAUAUGAGCAAUGGCGGCGACAAUUUCAACAUGUCUCACACCACGCAGCCCCAACCGGAUCACGCGCCAUUUCCUCAGCAUUUCGAUGUCAAUGGCCAAGACUCCCUACACGAGUCUGCGAAUCCUGACGAUAGUGGAAUUGGGAUCAGGACUCCCGAAGAAGAUUUCCCCAUAGGGAAAUUUGAAUUCCCCACCACCGAUGGCCAUGGACAACCGUCUCCUGGUCCGGAGCAGACCUUGUAAUCGGUCGUGCUCUUUCGAAUCAACGUACUAUAUGUACUAUAAAACGAUCAUCCACUUUCCCGGGGUUGCAACAUACCCAUAUACUAAUAAUACUCGGCGUUUUCGGACGGGAUAUUUGAUCGUUUGGCUCGGGGAAAUAGCCAAAGCAAAUGGUUGGGCUAAUGAUAACGCGAUGAAUGAUUAUAUGAUCAACAGAUCGAUUAGGAGAUCUGGGUUGGCUUGUGUGCGAGUUGUAUAAUCUCAGCAUGGACGGGUGGGCGACUGCAUAUCGGACGAGGAAAAGGACGUGUGGAUUGGAGUUUGAUCGUUUUGAGACCAUUGUAUUAGAGGGAUUUGGUGUGAGGAGUUGGGUGAUGAUACCGCGAAGAUUCCCCCCGGGCUCUCCUAUCCUACCCAAUGGGUAUGAGGGCGUUGUCUGAUACUUCUUCCCCUACUUUAUUUUCUGUUCUGCCCACUCAACCUUGGUUCUCGUGUACAUAUUGUUCACUUCAACUACUGCGCUUGGGGCAUGCAGCAGCAGUCACCGUACUGAAUAAAAACGACGAAUUCCCAUUAAAUCUUCCUAGUUUGCCUCUUCGUGGUUGUCUUCUUGCUAAUAUGCCGUGUGCUAUACUUGAUGGGAGUAAAUAUAUUACAGCUUUUAGAUGAUGUCUCAUGUCCAUAGAGUUCACAUGCUAGCAUCGUUAACUCUACAC